CGGCGUUUCCCGGAGCGCUGCCGGGCGCAGAGGGGUAAAGGCCGGGGCUCGGAGGGCAGCGGUGCCCGGGCUGAGCCCCGCGGCUCCCCCUGGACAUGCAGAGCACCCCCAGCUACCUGUGGAGCACCGAGGACCUCCUGGGCCAGGGGGCCACGGCCUCUGUCUACAAAGCUCGCAACAAGAAAUCGGGCGAGCUGGUUGCUGUGAAGGUCUUUAACAAUGCCAGCUACCUGCGGCCCCAGGAGGUCCAGAUGAGAGAGUUCGAGAUGCUGCGGAAGCUGAACCACAAAAACAUCGUCAAGCUGUUCGCCGUGGAGGAGACGGGCAGCAGCAAGCAGAAGGUGCUGGUGAUGGAAUAUUGCUCCAGCGGCAGCCUGCUGAACGUGCUGGAGGAGCCGGCCAACGCCUUUGGCCUGGCCGAGUCCGAGUUCCUCAUCGUGCUGCAGUGCGUGGUGGCAGGGAUGAACCACCUCCGUGAGAACGGCGUCGUGCACAGGGACAUCAAACCCGGCAACAUCAUGCGCCUGGUGGGGGAGGACGGGCGGAGCAUCUACAAACUGACGGAUUUCGGAGCCGCCCGGGAGCUGGAGGACGAUGAGAAGUUCGUGUCCGUCUACGGCACAGAGGAGUACCUGCACCCCGAUGUGUACGAGCGAGCCGUGCUGCGCAAGCCGCAGCAGAAGGCGUUCGGGGUCACCGUGGACCUCUGGAGCAUCGGCGUCACCUUCUACCACGCUGCCACCGGCAGCCUCCCCUUCGUGCCCUUCGGGGGACCCCGCAGGAACAAGGAGAUCAUGUACAAAAUCACCACGGAGAAGCCUCCUGGGGCCAUUGCGGGGAUCCAGAGGCAGGAGAACGGGAGCAUCGAGUGGAGCUACGAGCUGCCCAUCACCUGCCGCCUCUCCGCGGGGCUGAAGGACCAGCUGAUCCCCAUCUUGGCCAAUAUCCUGGAGGUGGAUCAGGAGAAGUGCUGGGGCUUCGACCAGUUUUUUGCAGGAACCAACGACAUUUUGCACAGGAUCGUGGUGGACGUGUUCUCCCUGCAGCAGGCGUCCUCCCAUCGCAUCUACAUCCACUCCUACAACACUACCACCAUGUUUUUAGAUGCCGUCUUCAAGCAAACAAAUAUAGUCCCUCACCAUCAAGAAUAUUUUUUUGAAGGACACCUGUACGAGCUGGAUCCCAAUCUACAAGCUCGUCAUUUCUGCAGAACCACCGAGAGCAGCCCCCUGACCUUGCUGAGCACCUCAGAGCAGCCCGAGGACGUGGUGGGGGUUCAGUACAGAGACCCGGCGCUGGACUUCCCCAAGCUGGUGCCCAGGGUGGAUGUGGUGGCCGACUGCAGCGCAGCCAAGAGCGCCGUGGGUGCCGCUCACCAGACCCUGCGCGUGGGGCAGGCGCUGCGGAGGGGCCGGGAGCUGCUGGCCAGGGGUCUCCACUGGGUGAUCGGGAACCUGAGGACGGAGUGCUCCAGGAUUUUGGAGCAGAGGAGAGGAGCUCACUCCGUGCUCGCCUGCCUGCAACUCACCGAGGGGAGGACACACGUGCUGUGCGAGGCCGUCCCUGCGGGCGGCAGGGCCCCAGCCGGGCUGGACGUGCUGAGGACGAGGCUGCGGAGGGUGGACGAGGAGCUCUCCCAGUGCUCCCGCAGCAUCUUCGACUUCCAGGGGGCCCUGGAUGGGAUUUUGGCCGAGCUGGCGAAGGACGGGCAGCAAGUGCACGAAGACAAAAGCAUCCAGCAGAUCGAGUGCUGCCUGGAGAAGAUGCAGGUGAUCUACAAGCAGUUCAAGAGGGCCAGGACGUGUCUGCGGCUGGGCUACAACGAGGAGCAAAUCCACAAACUGGACAAGCUGAAUUUGGGGAGCCUGGCCAGGAGGGUUCUGUCCAUUUUCCAGAACGGCUGUGUCCAGCAGUACCAGGAGGCCCUGGCCCUGCACAGCAGCAGGAUGAGGAAAGUUUGUGAGAUCAAGAAGCACCUGAAGAGGCUCAGCAACCGCAUCAGCUCCUGCAGCGUGGAGAUGAUGGAGUGCCAGGACUGCCUGCAGGGCGCUCUGGACAGGCUUCUCCAGACGGAGAACUGGGAUUUGGCCGCGGCUCCUCCCGCGCCCUCCCCCGUCCCGCUGAGCCAGGCACGCCAGGAGAUGGUUCUGGGGAUGCAGGAGCUGCUGGAGCAGAUGAGGUCGGUCACCUGUGAUCUCCAGCUCAACAACAGCAUCAUCGAGCGGUUGGGUGGGGCUGCUCCCACUCCCAGCGUUUGAGGGACACGGCGAAGGUGCAGCUGCUGAAGCAAAACCACUUCCACCGCAGGGAAUUCACAGCGCCUGGAGCGACGGAGCCAUCGGAUUUCCGUGCCCUGGGAGCUCUCUGUGUCCUACCUCUGUGCCCUGGGAGCUCUCUGUGUCCUACCUCUGUGCUCCGGCACUUUGCACCUUCACCCCCAUCGGCUCUGAGUGCCCCAAGCCUCUGCGAGUUUGGCCGGAAAAUGGCCAGAAAAUUUUAUCUUUUUAUUUUUAAAACAUGCUUGAAGGACUUGGUGUUUCUAUGGUUUCUCUAUGUCUCUG